AUGUUCAAGGCCAGCCUGUUCCGCAUCCCCAUCCCGGCCCGUGCUCUGGUCCUACGGGUGCCCGCUCGGCGGCCGUUUGCAGCUGUCUCUACUGCCCGCCCGAUUACCUGCCGCUACCCGAGACCUCGGAUACCCGCGGCGCCAGCGACGGCGACGGCAACACGGCCAGGUGCCAACCUCUCCCGACCCGCCUGGCCUCUCCCCGCCCGGUCGCGACAACAACAACAACAGCAGCAGCAGCAGCAGCAGCAGCAGCGCCGAGUAUACCACCAAGGGCACUUCUACCAUGACCCCGAUGGCUCGCGGCGGCGCCAGGCCGAGACCCUGCUGCCCCGGCACCGCGUCGUGCGCUUCGUGCGCAGCCCCAUCACGCACGGUUUCGUGCUGGCCUGCAUAGGCGCCGCGCUGGCCUUCUACUUCGCCAACCUCGAGACGGUGCCCGUCAGCGGGCGCACGCGCUUCAACGCCUACAGCGCCAAGACAGUGCGCGAGACGGCCGACCUGCAGUACCGCGCUAUGCUCGCCGACCUGCAGCGCCAGGGCGCCCGCUUCCUGCCCGAUCACGACCCGCGCACCCGCCGCGUCAAGCGCGUCAUGCGCAAGCUGAUCCCCUUCUCGGGCAUGGGCGACGACGAGCACUGGGAGAUCUUCGUCAUCGAGGACCCCAAGACGGCCAACGCCUUCGUGCUGCCCGGCGGCAAGGUCUUUGUGUUCAGCGGCAUCCUCAACGUCGCUCGCUCUGAUAGCGCCGUGGCCACGGUACUGGGCCACGAGAUCGCCCACAACGUCGCCGGCCACGUCGGCGAGCGCAUGAGCCAGCAGAUCGGCACUAACAUUCUGCUGUACGCCUCCAUCAUCGCCCUCGCCCCCUUCGGCAUACUGCCCGUCCUCACCGGCGCCCUCGUCAACCGCGUCCUCGACGUCGUCUUCUCCCAUCCCAUGAGCCGCAAGCAGGAGACCGAGGCCGACUACAUCGGUCUGAUGAUGAUGGCCGAGGCCUGCUACGACCCCGAAGAGGCUCCCGCCUUCUGGGCCCGCAUGGAAGCCGCCGCCGGCGACAGCCAGCCCCCCGAGUGGCUGAGCACCCACCCCUCGAACGAAACACGGAUCAAGAAGAUCCAGGGCUGGCUGCCCGCCGCCCUUGAGAAGCGCGCCGCCAGCGACUGCUACACCACGUCGGCGUUUGCGGACCGCUUCAAGCGCGCCCUGUCGCUGGGCAUCGUGGUUGUCUAG